AUGCUUUACGAACUGAUCGGACUUGUUCGCAUAACCAACUCAAAUGCGCCAAAGUUAGAAGCGAAGGAACUAUCUUCCACAAUAGGGAAAUUGAUUAUUCAAAACAGAGGAGUGGUUAGGGACGUUAUACCCAUGGGUAUAAGGUACCUUCCUAGAAUUAUGAAAAAAGACCAAGAAAAACAUUUUCGAGCAUAUCACUUUUUAAUGUUGUUCGACUCAUCGGCUGCCGUGCAAUCAGAAAUUCUAAGGACUUUGAAGAAAGAUCCUCGUGUCAUUAGGUCAUCCAUAGUCAAGGUUGAUACAGAUAAGCAGCUUGACAGGGCCUCAUCAUUGCACCGCUCUUUGGGUAAAAAGUCCAUUCUAGAAUUAGUGAAUGAAGAUUAUCAAUCCAUUUAG